AAGAAUGCGGGGCCAUAUGAAUACAUCGGGACAUUUUUUCUUCUGUUGCAUCUAAGGCUUGCAGCUCUGCAUCUCAAAACCAAACAAUGAUGUGGGGGAAUAGUUUUUUUGUGCUCCUUUGCUCUCUUUCGACUCUAAAAGCAGAACUGGAUUGUAAGACAAUGGAAAAUACAAACAAACUCAUUUCUCCAAGUUUGGACUCAAAAACGAAAACAGUCAUGAAGGGUCAAAAUGUAUCUAUAAUUUGUUUAAACAGGAACAAAUUCCCACAAAUCACCUAUUCUUUGUUUCGGCAAAAAAAAUGCAUAGGAAUACAGCAUAACAAAAGUGAGUCUGUGACUUUUUACCUACGCAUCUCAGAAGCCGAUGAUGUGGGGCCCUACAAAUGUAAAGUGCAAGUUUGCAACUCCUCGAUAUACAGUCGCGAGUUCAACUUCACAUGGCUCGAGCCAGUGACCAGUCCAGUGCUGAACGUUACAAAACAAACCAAACACUACAUAACACUGCACUGCCUCUCGUCCUCCGGCUCCCUGCCCAUCAAUUACACUUUCUUUGAAAACAACAUCACCCUGUCACCAGUGAUUACCAAGUAUGAAAGGGAGCCUGCUGAGCUUAAUGUAACCAAGAACACCGGAGGAGGGCAAAAGUACAGGUGUGAAGCUAAAAACCUACUGCCUGACCACGUGAAAUACAGUCAGCCCGUCACCAUACUCUCAGCAGGAGAAGAGAGCUGUCCAUUCUGCCUGCAGCUACUGCUUCCGGUGUUGUUACUGGUACUGAUCGUGGCAAUCCCAGUUCUGGGAUUUUGGAUAAUACCAAAGUACAAAGCAAGAAAAGCUAUGAGAGAUAAGGCGCCCAGAGACUAUGGAAAUACACCCAUGGAGGAUGAACUAUAUGCAAAUACCUGUGAAAAUCAAGCAGAUAAGGGGUCUGCGCCAGGCUUGGACCCAGGGCAGUGUGUUUCCACAGCCCGAGAUGAAGCCGAACACUCUCAGGAGAUACAUUAUGUCACCCCUGUGUUCUGGGAGGUGAAACCACAAAAUCAUGAAGCCUGUAAUGAUGGUAAAGUUGAAUAUAUCUACUCUGAACUCCUCUUGUGAAACAAAGAUACAAACUACAUCUCAGGGACCUUCUCUGCCUCUGCCGUCCUCAUAAGAAAACUGGUUACAAGAUCUAGGAACCAGCCAGAUAAUCCAGGACGACCUCAUCUCAAGAUCCAUCACCUAAUUAUAUCUGCAAAGACCCUUUUUCCAAAUAAGAUGACAGUCCCAGGUUCCAGGAGUUAGGAUUUGGAUGUAUGCUUUUGCGGAUUCACCAUUCAGCCCUCUA